AUGGCCGCUUACUACCCUGACAAGCCUUCUCAAGAAGACAGAAAUAAUAUGAGGACAAUGAUGGAUACACUGGGAAAGGUUUAUCCGUGCGCCCACUGUGCAGAAGGUUUAAGAAAACACUUGGAGAAACAUCCCCCGCAACUUGAUAGUCGUGAAAAGUUUUCAGUUUGGAUGUGUGAAAUGCAUAACAAGGUGAGUGAGUCUCUCGGAAAACCAAAAUUCGAUUGUUCCAAGUGGCGAGAACGUUGGCUGGAUGGAUGGAAAGAUGGGUCUUGUGAUUACUGA